UUAAAAGCGGCGAGAAUUAGACUAGACUGCAGAAGCAGAAAAGGAAUAAUUAUCAUUUAUCCUCAUACAUACAAAUAAUUUAAGUAACGAAAUGUCUUCAAUUGAUUUUGAUCCAUCUAUAAAACUGUGCUUAAAGCACUUACACUCCAGCGCCUCAGAUUCAACAGAGCAACUCCGGCUAACUCUGGACGAUAUCAUUCGUCAGACUUAUGGCAGUGCGAAAACCUUGGCGAAUACAUUGCCUAAGAAGUAUUUGAAUGAGGAGAAGUUGGAAUCGCCUCGGAUGGCGAAGCAUAAGAGUGAGAAGGCGUCUAGUUCGAAGACUGUGCCGAUACCGCAGCAGAGUCCUCAGCAGCUGCAGAUUCCGGAGCGGGAGAAUGAUGACGGGUCGGUGAUGGACGGGGAGCUGGCGUUCGACCUGCUGGAGGAGGACCUCACGUGCGCGGUGUGCCGCCAGAUCGCCGUGCAGGCGGGGAACAGGCUCGUGGAGUGUGAGGCUUGCCAUGCGCUGUAUCAUCAGGAUUGCCACAAACCUGUAAUCAGCGACAAUGAUGUCAGUGCAAGUUGGCAGUGUGCAUCCUGCCUCGCAUCCCAAGGUUUCGUCACAAGUUACACCAAGAUAUCAUCAGCCUCUAAGUCGCCCACGCAUGUCUCUGGAUCCACUACUCCAGUUAAGAUCUCUUCAGGAAGUUCCUCAUCUAAGGUUGUCACUCCUAAUAUAAAUAUUAUCUCGGCUGACAAACGACUGCAGAUUAUGAAGAAGAAAGCGGCAAAGCAACAUGAAAAGAAGAAACACAAGUGAAGCAGUUUGUAUUUGUAUUCCCUGAAUGCGUGUAAAGUAGUGGUAAGAUCUUUGUGCGCAAUUAAUAUUAUGUACAUAGAAUUAAGCAAAUUAAGGACUCAUUAAGUAUUAAUAUACAUUUGAAAAAUACAGU